UCAAUCUAAAGCGAGCUUUCGUACAGUACACCGAAUAUACGCAGUCACAAUGCGCGCGCUCGUAUCCGCCAUUUUGUUGCUGUCGGCCAUCUUGUCGUGCGCGUCGCAAGCGCAGUACCCGCGCCCGCGGCGCCCAGAGAGAUUCGACACAGCCGAGCAGAUCUCCAACUAUUUGAAGGAGCUUCAGGAGUAUUAUUCGGUCCACGGGAGAGGCAGAUAUGGCAAACGUCAAAUGCACAUAGCUGAUGCAUCUGUCAUCUUCCGAGAAACCCCUUUUAUGGAUAAUACAAUGAACCAAGACGUUUUAUUUAAAGCCCUCGGAUAUAAGUAAAGAUAUGCAAAACUGUGGCCGUGUACAAUGUCGAAUUUCUUUUUAAUUUCGCGGGAAACAAAAUGAUCUCUAUUUUUUCUUAGGCUUAGAAAUAACAGUCCAUAAUGCCAAAGAGUAUAGUCAAUUCUGUCCGUCUUAAUUUAUAUAAUAUUUACCGUCUUACUUGUAAAUACAUCGUGCCAUUAACCUUGGAGUACAAUCUAAAUAAGUAGGUUUAGGACAAUAUUGAAAAUAGGCUACUUUCAAACUAAUCACUUGACUGAAUAUUUCUAGACGAUAUUCCGAGAACAAAAAACUAUCGAUGGUAAAACAAUCGUUUUUCCCGAAACGCUCUUUUAACUCAAGUGUCUAGAAAUGUCAUUCUAAGAACGGGUUCCACACAUGGAAUUAGUAGGACCAAGUACUUACUAAAUCCAUGGUUACACCAUUCAACUUUGACGUUGACUUCAACAUGCGCGUUGCCGACGCCCAUUUAAACAAAAUGGCGUAUUUUACGUUUUUCGUCGAUUAAGUGCAACAUAACAAAGUUUUACAAAUUAUACAUUAUAAUAGGUUAAUAGCACGAUGAAAAAAACUGUGGAUAUUGCUAAAAACAGCUCCUAGGCUGGGUGGGAUCGUUUUUAGUGAUUGCGAAUCCUAAACUAUUUUAAGAUAGUUUAUAUAUAAAUAGUUUAACAUUAUCCAUGCAUACAACAAUGUUUAAAUCUGCUGUUUUAUUUCAAUAUAUACCUAUCUAUAUAUAUAUAAAUAUAUCAGGACAAAUCACACAGAUUCAGCUAGCCCCAAAGUAAGUUCGAGACUUGGGAUACUAACUCAACGAUACUAUAUUUUAUAACAAAUACAUAUAUA